UGUAGGACAUAGCAGUGGCUUUUAUUUGGAAAAAUGGUGAAGUGGUUUAGACUGAAGUGCCCAUGUCCUGUUACAGGCUGCCCCAACAGUCGGGGAAAACUGCUUGAAUGGGUUUGUGCAAGGGACAAUGACGCCAUGUACAUCAACGAGACCGGCAUACUGGCGUGUACGCACGAUAAACACGUCGGUAAAAUUAUCAACUGGAAAUUCGAUUGCGGAGAUAGAAGUGGACCACACAAAUACGAACACUACCAAAGUCCCGACUAUGAGGGUUUCACGCAUGCAAUGGCUAUGGCGUUACCACACAUGAAAGAAGCCGGGGCAGACUGGGUUCUAUCUCUAGUUAACGCAGUGAGAAUCCAAUAUGGGAAGUGAAAAAUCUCACCAACA